GUACCAAUUGAAUGUGCAACAUUCGGUGCAACGCCAACAUGCCGUGGUCAGUCUAUAAAUACGCGCCGAGACAAAAAGUACACACGGCUAUGAAGCUUGUAAGCGACGCAUUUUGAAUACCCAGAAGCAAAAGUUUUGAAUUAUUUGUCACACAUGCCAAGACAUGUUGGUUAGCUGCCGUGCUAUUUUUGUAAACAAACCAAAUAAUUAAAAUAAUAAUGAAGUGCAAAAAAAUUUUAUUUCGUUAAGUGUAUACGGAAAAUUUAAAAAUUUUGUUUUGUAUUGUAUUUUUUUUUUUUGUGAAGCAUGGAGAAAGACAAGACACACGCAAAUCGACGAACUGGAAUUGUUUAGUGUUCUCAAGGAGCUAGCGAGUUAGCUCGCAAUACAUAGCGUUGUAGCAGAAUGCCACCGCCAAAGAAGCCACCGAUUCAUGUGCCGAAGAAAGCCAAUCCCAGUCUCGGCUAUGAAGUGCUUAUAUAUUUGAAUUCUUUCUAUUUUGGAAUGUUCGCUUGCUGCGAACUGAGUAUGGGUCUGCUGAAGGCCAUCAAUCUAUCAUACCCGAACAACGUUCUGGCGCGAGAUUCGGGUAUUUUGAUCGGUUUUUGCAUUUUAGAGACCAUUCGCAUCAUACUCGGACGCAAGGGUUCACUAGCCGAAAAAAGUUGGCCAGUUAUUUUAUCGGUUUUUCUAACAGUUCCAUGCUUUUUCGGUGUCUCCUACAUACUCCUCCUACAAGAAUAUAAACUACGGCUGGAAUAUGUACUUUGUACAUUAAUGAUCGGUUUAUAUCUGACCGAAGUUUGGUAUGCAAUACUAUGUGUUUUUUCACUAUGUCGUCCAGUAACUUAUGAAUAGGACUAAAAGGUUUAUAAAAAUGUAAAAUAAGAGUAAACAUGUAACGCAAAGAAAAAUUAUAUACAUACAUACAUACAUACAUAAACAAAAUACACAACUACACAGAUACACAAAUACAAAACUAAAACUAACACAUAAAUAUGUAAAUGUAAAAAAAUUCAAAUAAGUAAAAUGCAACAACUUACGAAAGAAAUAAAUAAAUGUAAAAUGAAAAAAAGAAGAAAUCAUAGCAAUAUACAAAGGAAACGAUCAAAUAAUGCAAAUACAAAAUGAGUAAAUAAGAAAUAGUGUAAGAUUUAUUAAAAACAAAGCAAAACAAAAACAAACAAAACAUAUUAAAUAAAAAAAUAAGAAAUAAAACUAUGUAUUGAAAAAAUUUUGAAAAUUUAUAUAUGUACAUAUGUAUGUGAAUUGUAACGCCAAAGGAAGUAUAUACAUAAUAUACAUACAUACAUAUGUAUGUACCGAAAGCGAAAUAGUGUGAAGAAGUGUGUUAACAGAAACAACAAGAAAUACUUUUCAGACUUUUUAAGAGAAUUUUUUUUGUAAUGCAAAUGUAUGUUUAAUUAAAACCAAAAAAUAUUGCUAAACCCAAGGAAGUUUAAACAAGGAAACUUUAACGAAAUUCAAAAAUUGAUAAACUGUAAAUGAAAAAGAAUAUAUUGUAUUAGACACUAUAUAUUUUUUAUUUAAUUAAGAAAAAAAAACAACCUACAAUAUUCUAGAUGUGCAUGUUAUCGACUUUGAAGGAUUUUUCUUUCGCACAUCUCAAAGGAAUAUUAACGUCGAAUUGAUUGUUAUACAAAGGCAUAAGUGCAUAUGUAUGUAUUUUAUAAGGAAAAAAUUCAGAAACCACAAAAAAAAUAACAAAAAAAAUAUUAUGAAAAUUAAUAAGUAACAAACAAAUUCAAGCACACAGAUUCAGUGUAAGGCAAAACUUAUGCGCCCCCUUAGUACAUUUUUUUUGUUGCUUUCAUUUAGUAAAGUUUGCAUGAAACCAAAGUGAAUUAGAUUGUGUGUACUAAUUUUAUUUAUCCAAACAUACUUUCUAAACUCAGCGUUUUAUA